CCUGUAUGAAAUUGCCAACUCUCUAGUUUAUUCAGUUUAUGAAAUCUUUAGCAAUAAAAUAAAAAGCAACGAUAUUAGGAAUAUAGAUACUUUGUGAUCAUGUCGAUGUCAGCAGUUUUUAUCUUAGAUGUAAAAGGAAAGGUUUUGAUUUCAAGAAACUACCGUGGUGAUUUAGAAAUGUCUGUUGUUGAAAAGUUUUUUCCAUUGGUCUUGGAUCGUGAAGAUGAGGGCAACUCUUCGCCCAUUAUAAUUCAUGAGAGUGCCACAUUCACUUACAUUAAACACAAUAAUCUUUACAUUGUUGCCACAACGAAGAAGAACGCGAACGUUGCUUUAAUUUUUUCCUUCUUGCACAAGCUGGUGAAGGUAUUUAUGGAGUACUUUAAAGAGAUGGAGGAAGAAAGUAUCAGAGAUAAUUUCGUUAUCAUAUACGAGCUUAUGGAUGAACUUAUGGAUUUUGGCUAUCCUCAGUUCACUGAGAGCAAGAUAUUACAGGAAUAUAUCACUCAAGAAGGGCAUAAGCUUGAGGUGGCUCCUCGUCCGCCUGAGGCAUUAACCAAUGCGGUGUCUUGGAGAGGACAAGGAAUCAAGUACAGAAAAAAUGAAGUGUUUUUGGAUGUUGUUGAAUCUGUUAAUUUACUGGUAAAUUCAAACGGUAAUGUCCUUCAGAGUGAAAUAAUAGGCGCAGUAAAGCUUAGAUGCUAUCUUUCGGGAAUGCCAGAACUAAGACUUGGUCUCAAUGACAAAGUGCUGUUUGAAAACACCGGAAGAGGUAAAAGUAAGGCUGUUGAACUUGAGGAUGUCAAAUUUCAUCAGUGUGUUCGAUUGUCCAGAUUUGAUAAUGAUCGAACCAUUUCCUUCAUUCCACCUGACGGAGAAUUCGAGUUGAUGUCUUAUCGUCUCAACACACAUGUGAAGCCUCUGAUUUGGAUUGAAUCUGUCAUCGAAAAGCACUCCCAUAGUCGAGUGGAGUACAUGAUCAAAGCCAAAAGUCAAUUCAAGCGACGUUCCACGGCAAACAAUGUCGAAAUUCAAAUUCCAGUGCCAGCCGAUGCAGACUCGCCAAAGUUUAAGACAACAGUUGGAACUGUUAAGUAUGCUCCCGAAACUAACAUCAUCUUAUGGAACAUUAAAUCAUUUCCAGGUGGAAAAGAAUACUUGAUGCGAGCGCAUUUUGGACUGCCAAGUGUUGAAGCUGAGGAGUCGCAGGGUAACCCACCAAUCAAAGUGAAAUUUGAAAUUCCCUACUUUACCGUAUCUGGAAUACAGGUUCGAUACCUCAAAAUUAUCGAAAAGAGUGGCUAUCAAGCCCUGCCAUGGGUGCGCUAUAUUACACAAAAUGGAGAUUACCAAUUGCGUACUACGUGAAGAACUUCGAAAAUCAAAAUGACAAUCACAAUCGGUUUAUUGAAAGGUGAACAAUGCGUUUACCUAUACUAAUGUAGGCUGGCGAAUUAAGCAAUGAACUUUUUUUGCCAUCUAUGAAUAGUUGACUGCCAUAAUACUCAAAAAAGAUUUGUUUUGUACCUUAGGAAACUUGUUACACGGGGGGGGAGGGGUGGCUUGAACAUGGUUCAUGAAAAUGACAAUAUUAUUUUUUUGCGUUCAUUACGAA